GGAACCAGAGCAGCGGCACUGCAAAGUCCGCUGUGUCUGAGAGGCAGCGAGUCGGUCUGUGGCUGGUCGGCGUGGCUGGCGGGGAGUGCGGCUGGCUGCAGACAACUCAGCUGUGCUACCUGCCGUUUCAAGGCCUCUUUCUAGCCUGUGCUGGAGGCCCAGUCCUACUCCUGAGGUCUGCCCUGCGCCCUAGUUCACCAUGGGGAACCACUUGACUGAAAUGGCCCCCACAGCCUCAUCCUUCCUGCCGCACUUCCAGGCCCUGCAUGUCGUGGUCAUUGGGUUGGAUUCCGCCGGGAAGACGUCCCUUCUUUACCGCCUCAAGUUCAAGGAGUUUGUCCAGAGCGUCCCCACCAAGGGCUUCAACACCGAGAAGAUCCGCGUGCCCCUGGGAGGUUCCCGUGGAAUCACUUUCCAAGUGUGGGAUGUCGGGGGUCAGGAGAAGCUUCGGCCACUGUGGCGCUCCUACACCCGCCGGACAGAUGGACUGGUGUUUGUCGUGGACUCUGCAGAGAUCGAGAGGUUAGAGGAAGCUAGAAUGGAGCUACACCGGAUCAGCAAGGCUUCCGACAACCAGGGGGUGCCGGUGCUGGUGCUGGCCAACAAGCAGGACCAGCCGGGGGCACUGAGCGCAGCAGAGGUGGAGAAGAGGCUGGCCGUCCGGGAGCUGGCAGCUGCCACGCUCACCCAUGUGCAGGGCUGCAGUGCUGUGGACGGGCUGGGCCUGCAGCCAGGACUGGAGCAUUUGUAUGAGAUGAUUCUGAAGAGGAAGAAGGCACCUCGGUCGAGCAAGAAGAGACGGUGACCCGAGGCUGCUCCUACCCUACCUGCUAGGGGUCAGUACAUGUUGUAGUCAGGCAGGGCCUGUGACCUCUCAGCCAGCCUGGGUGCUGGAUCUGCCCACCUCAAAGGACUGAAGGAGCAUAGGUGGCCCUGUGUGCCACAAGGGGGAGGGAAGAUGAAGUGCCUUCACUGCCCUUCACCUGUAGAGAGAGGGGAGGGAGAGGCUGCAAAAGCGGAGACAAAUGUUACUGCUAACUACUACCUCGGCCCAGCCCUCGUUUUUCCUUCCCUAGCAUUUUACUUGGAUCUAUAUUUUUAUUUUUGCAGGGGGAGGGUGUGUAGAAGAUUAUCCAGAGAGUGCAUUUGGGGGGGGGGAUGAAUUGAGAACAUCUUUCUGCUCUCCACAAUUGGGGAGCGGGGUCUCCUCAGCUGCUCUUCCCACAGUCGUUCUGUGUCUGUGAAAGUGCCGAGAAUUCUCCCCACAUUUGUAGAUCCCCUUUUUAUAAGCCUCGAGUGUCCUCUGUAUUACUGGGUUUUUUGUUUGUUUGUUUUUUAGCAUUUGCCUGUAAGUUAUUAAAGAUGGAUGAUUCUA